ACGUGCCUAUUUUGGGAAAGAAAUACUUGGUAUUGACGUGCCAUCCAUUCAGACAUCGUUAAAGCCGGUAACGUUAGUUAUAAACAAUACCAUAAGAAGUUAUCACAGAGUAAAGCGACAUCCGGUUUAAAAGGCUCGAGACAGAGGGCGUGGCCAUUGACGCUCUGUGUUUAUGUUGAACCGAGUAGCAAACAGUCAAUAAAAGGUAACCUGUCAGACCUCGAGACCGUGGAACAGAAACGUGUGCCUAGUGUCACCCCGGCCAGGGUGCCAUGGUCCUCAAUUACACAUGAGCUCUACUAUGUGGUACAUCAUGCAAAGCAUUCAAAGUAAAUACUCAUUGUCUGAGCGGCUCAUCCGCACCAUUGCAGCAAUUCGCUCAUUCCCCCACGACAAUGUGGAGGAUCUCAUUCGAAAGGGAGCUGAUGUGAACCGAAUGCAUGGCACACUUAAGCCCCUGCACUGUGCCUGUAUGGUCGCUGAUGCCGACUGUGUGGAGCUGCUGUUGGAGAAGGGCGCAGAUGUGAAUGCUUUGGAUGGAUACAACCGGACAGCACUGCACUAUGCAGCUGAGAAGGAUGAGAGCUGUGUCGAGCUGCUGUUGGAGUAUGGGGCCCAGCCAAACGCCUUGGAUGGCAACAAGGACACUCCACUUCACUGGGCCGCCUUCAAAGAUAACCCAGAGUGUGUGAGGGCCCUGCUGGAGAGUGGGGCCUGUCCCAAUGCCAGGGACUACAACAAUGACACGCCUUUGAGCUGGGCAGCAAUGAAGGGCAACCUGGAGAGUGUCAAAGUGCUUUUAGACUAUGGAGCCCAAGUCCAUGUGACCAACCUAAAGGGACAGACACCUAUCUCCCGACUGGUUGCCCUCUUGGCCCGGGGCCUGGGUACUGAACAGGAAGAAGAAUGCCUAGAGCUGCUGUGCCGAGCAGCAGGGCGGUUUGAGAUCCGUCGGGCUGACGGUACCCUUCCCAGGGAGCUGAGUAAGGAUCCCCAGCUGCUGGCAAAGCUGACCAACAGGGUGGCUCAGGCUCCCACACUUCGCUCUUUGGCACGCUGUGCUGUCCGUCAGAGUCUUGGAGUCCAGUUCCUCCCCACUGCUGUAAAAGAGCUUCCUUUACCAGAGACUAUCAAAGACUAUUUACUGCUGAGAGACUGAGGGUGUGAUACCAUUGAAGAGCUCUCCGACCUCACUGGCUGGUUAAUAGACAGCUAAUCACACAGCAUUUAAUGGCAAGGACGUGUCUCCAUUGAAUUGUCUGGCAGUGGCCCUCAUUUAUCAAACCUUGCUGAGUACACAUUUAUGCCCCAGGAGAGAUGUUCAUCCCCCUCCAAGUCUUUUUUUAUUAUCUUGUGGUUGGACAACAUCUAAAUGAGCCGUACAGAUUGGCAAGUUUGAUCAAUUUCAGUUGUUGGUAGAAGACUGCCCCAGUCCAGGGUUUAUAUUGUUUCAUAAACAGCUAAAGAGUGUGCACUUUCUGGUAACUCUGGUCCGGUCUGUUAAAAAGGUUUUUUAUCAGCCCACCCUGCAUGCAAGGGGAAAAAAAAAAAAAAGAGAGAAAAAAAUCAGGGUUGUUGGGCUUCAUCAUAGGAAUUGACCUACAUGAAGCUUGGUGUGUUCAAUCACCCAGCUGUUCACAAAGAGCCAGUGCAUCUUUGACAUUUUAAGUGGGCUUAUUAUUAAUUUCUUGUAUGCAACAUUUACAAUAAGUAUUUAAUAUCAAUACUUUUAAAAGCUUAAAUAAAAUGAAAUAAUGCUAUUAUGGAUUGUCACAGAACAUGAGGAAAAUCUUAAAUGUUGAGUUUAGUGGUAGAACUAGUGUAUCCUCAUUGUAUGACGAGAUUUAAAGUAAAUAUAGGUUUAUGAAUGUGGGCCAGUGUCUAAUGUUGCAGGUUGUCCAGUAAUUCUGUCUGAGGAUAUAGUUCCUGAAGUAAUGCUCAGAAACAAAUGUUAUGUAUAUGAUAGUUGGAGUGGCCAUCUUUCUCUCAACAACUUCCCAGUGAACUUACAAUGCAAUCACUUUUGCAAUACCAAGG